UAUUGUUAUGAAGAAGGACAAGAACCCCCUGGAAUAUCCCAAAUUACUGGAGAUUGCCCCUUGGGUUAUGCAUGCCCCACAGGGACGGGGUUCCCCUUCUCUUAUCCAUGUCUACCUGGCUUCUACUGGGAUAAUUCCACUCUGAAUGGAGGAGAUGUAUGCCAACCCUGCCCAGCUGGAUUCUACUGUGAUUCUGAAGCAAUGAUUCUACCUAAAGUCUGUCCAGUGGGGUUUUAUUGUCCUCCUGGUAGUGCACAGAUUGAAGCUUGUCCAGAAGGAACUUAUGGAAUCAGGAAGGGGUUGAGAAACCUCCAAGAAUGCAUCCCCUGCAGAGCAGGUUUUUUCUGUGCCAUUCCAGGACAGAAUACCCCGAGUGGCCGGUGUGAGGCUGGAUUUUAUUGCUGGAGAAGAGCAGUGUCUUCGAUGCCCACCGAUGGAGUCACUGGGAACAUUUGUCCACCAGGCACAUAUUGCCCCAUUGGGUCAUCUGCACCCAUUCUCUGCCCCGCAGGAACCUACAGUAACACCAGCGGGUUGAGAUAUCAGAAGCAAUGCUUGGACUGCCCACCUGGGCUUUACUGUGAUGGAACAAAUACCGUAGCUCCAACUGGGCCAUGCAAACCUGGUUAUUUCUGCACUGGCUCUGCCAGAACUUCUACCCAGAUGAUGGUCAAAGAAGGGCAGUAUGCUCUGGAAGGGGCUUUCCAACCAGAACUGUGCCCACCCGGGACUUUUCAGCCGAGCCUGGCUCAAUCUUCCUGUAGAGAAUGCCCAGCUGGCAUGUUUUGCAACCAAACUGGUCUGGUGGAACCAUUGGCUUGUCCCAAAGGGCAUUUUUGUCCAUCUCGAAGCAUCCUGCCUCUUCUUUGUCCACUGGGCACUUAUUCAGAUACUUUACAUGGCACUGGACCAGGGACCUGUAAGCAAUGCCCAGCGGGCAUGUACUGUAGCAAGUCCGGCUUGGUGGCACCUGAGGGACUUUGCCAGCCAGGUUAUUAUUGCUUCCAAGGAUCUACAAAUGCAUCUCCAACUGGACUUCCCUUUGGGGGUCUAUGUCCUGCUGGGCACUACUGCCCAGCUGGCACCAAAGACCCCAGGGAAAUGCCCUGCCCUGUUGGGACAUGGAAUGAACAGAAAGGAGGCCGGGAUUCCACCUGGUGUCGACUAUGCCCACCUGGAUACUUCUGUAGCAGCCCCGGCCGUGUUUCCCCUACAGGACCUUGUGCUCCAGGGUUUUACUGCAGGGGUGGGACACGUGCAGCAAGACCAAUGGACAGAGUAACUGGAGAUCUGUGUCCCGAAGGUCACUUCUGCCCUGUAGGGUCAGCCAUGCCAUCUCCAUGCCAAGAUGGGGAAUACAGUGCAAUAACAGGUCAAGAUGAAUGUUACCCUUGCCCAGCCGGUCUUUAUUGUAAAAACGGUGUCAGAUAUCAAUGUCCACCUGGAUUUUACUGCCCUCCAAAGACUGGGGUCUCCUUUUAUCCCUGCCCCCCUGGGACUUAUAAUCCAUCAGCCGGUAUUGACCAAGCUCAGAGAUGCCAGCGAUGCCCAUCAGGUUCCAGUGUCCCAAAUCCUGAUGGAAUCACGAAUAUUAGUGCUGGAGGCCCAUGUCCAGUAGGGCACUUUUGCCCAGUUGGCACUAGAAUCCCCCUGCCGUGUCCAGCAGGUACUUUCUCAGACAGACUGUAUCUUUCACUUGAGACCAGCUGCAUUGCAUGCCCACCUGGGUAUUACUGCUCCUCUGUUGGCCUCUCGUCACCCUCUGGACCCUGUUUGGCUGGUUACUACUGUCUGCCUGGAGCCACUUCACCUUCCCCAGCAGGUGAGAAUGUCAGAUGAUGUCCUGCUGCAUGUUCUGUCAAGCAGGGUGCAAAUCCAUCUCUUCUCUGCGGGAAGCCUCUAUCAGAUCUCACUCUUCUUCCCUUCCAGCCAAAAACCAGCUGUGUGGGUGUUAAGCUAACUCCAUUCACAUUCCCAUCCUGCCCAAUCUGGUCUGUAGCACUUAACAGAUUAAUCAGAUGAAUUGAUUCAAACUGCUUUGUUUACUAAUGAG